UUUUUUGAAAAUGACUACUUCAAUUGAAAAUUUAGACGAUAAGCCUAAGCUUACUAGAUUAUUACCGGAAACAGAUAAUAAUUCAACAAUUUUUCCAUGGUCCCCAACACCUUUUAGAAAGGGUGCAAGUAUUAUUUCGGAUAAGAAAAAAAUAAAUACGGAAUGUGAUGAUUUAUAUCCAAAUUGCGAUGUAAGUGUUUGGCUUCGAUCUUGUGAGCAGGAAAUUAUCGAACCAAUAGAGGGAACGGUCACAGGGAUCAUUCCAAAAUGGUUAAAUGGAGCUUUAUAUCGAAAUGGUCCAGGUUCUAUAAAAGUUGGUGAUAUGGAAUUUAAGCAUUUAUUUGAUAGUUCAGCAUUACUUCAUAGAUUUUCUAUUCAAAAUGGAAAAGUAACUUAUCAAUGUCGAUUUUUACAAACCGAUGUUUAUAAGAAAAACAAUGAAGCUGGAAGAAUUGUCAUAACCGAGUUUGGAACAGCAUCAGUGCCAGAUCCAUGUCAAACUAUAUUUAAUAAAAUUUCAUCCGUAUUUAAAGGUGGAUCAGAUAAUGCAAUGAUUUCGGUAUAUCCAUUUGGAGAUGAAUUGUACGCCUUUACAGAAAUUCCGAAAAUUUUUAAAUUUAAUCCUGAUACUCUUGAGACCGAAGGAAAAGUUAAUGUGUCUGAACAUAUAGGAAUUGUUAAUCAUACUUCACAUCCACAUGUCAUGCCUAGUGGACAUGUAUAUAAUUUGGGCUUAUCCAUGUCAAAAUUUGGACCAAAGCAUAGCAUAAUGUGUUUUCCACCAGCAGGAGAUGGAAUCGAGGAUUUAACAAUGUUUGAUCAAGCAUACAUUGUUAACAGUAUACCGGCAAGAUGGCCCUUAAAUCCACCCUAUAUGCAUACUUUCGGUAUCACAGAAAAUUAUUUUAUAAUUGUGGAACAACCUUUAUGUGUCUCAGUACCAUCGAUGUUCAAAGCACGACUUAAUAAUGAAGCUUUCGCUUCAGCUUUAAAAUGGUAUCCAAAUGAACAGACUAUUAUAAAUGUUUUAAGUCGUGACACAGAGAAAAUUAAAUACAAAUUUUAUGCAGAAGCAUUCUUUUAUUUGCAUAUCAUAAAUCAAUAUGAAUAUGCAAAUCAUAUUGUGAUUGAUAUUUGCUGUUAUCGUGAUCCUGCAAUGCUGGAUUGUAUGUAUGUUGAAACAAUGAAAAAUAUGCAAAAAAUGCCAGAUUAUGCAAAAAUGUUUCGUGGCCGUCCUCUAAGAUUUGUUUUACCUUUGGAUACACACUGUAAAAAUAUAAAAGUCAACCCGUGUGAUUCAAAUGAAAACGAUUUAAAAACAAACUUAAUUAAUAUACCAAACACAAAUGCAAAAGCUUAUAAACUGACGAAUGGAAAUAUUUUUGUGGUUCCAGAAUUAUUAUGUAAUUUAGGCUGUGAAACACCACGAAUUAAUUAUGAAAAAUAUUUAGGGCGAGAAUAUCAAUAUUUUUAUGCCAUCAGUUCAGAUGUAGAUUGUGAUAAUCCAGGAACGAUAAUAAAAGUAGAUGUAAAGAAUAAAAUAAAAUAUACUUGGUGCGAAGAAAAUUGUUAUCCAAGUGAACCAAUAUUCGUACCAAAUCCAAAUUCUCAAUUUGAAGAUGAUGGAAUUAUAUUGGCAGCAAUGAUUUGGGGGCAUAACAAAACCAAUCAUGUUGGAUUACUAAUAUUGGAUGCACAUACAUGGCAAGAAAUUGGAAGAUCAGAGUUUGAAACACCUGGUCCUACUCCAAAAUGUUUACAUGGUUGGUUUAGUGAUAAACAUGGAAGCUUUCGAGAUAAAAUCGGAAAUGGCUCUAGCAAGUUUUAAGGGUGGUGCGAAAUUAUGACCCACAAUAUAAAAUGAUUUAUUCAUAAGAUCGGCACCUUAAUGAAACAAUUCCAAAAAGAGAUGUGAAACACGCAUAAUAUUUUAAAACUGCAAAAUUCGUUGAGUUUUCAGUGACUGUUUAUGACAGUACCUGAUGGAUGCGCAUCAUUUGCAUCACGCUAGGGCCGCCAGUGGAUAAACAGAGUAGUUAAUUUAUUUAU